GAGCAGCACCAGCUCUGAGUAAAGCAAAGGAUGCCAGAGUGCUCAGGCAGUGCAUGGAUGGAUGCAGGCAGGGGGACGACGGCGAGUCCGGGGCGCACAGAAUCAUCCUGCUGAUGCUUUACGCGUUUUUUAUUGUUGUUUUCUUCCGAGCCGCCUUGAAACUUUUUUUGAGCCACCGUUUGAUUCAUUUCGGCUCAUCUCGCUGCAAGUUCAGUGUGAUGUUUUGGCUGCGUGUGGUAAAAUCCCUCUCUCCACCACCACCGCCGACACAUCCUCUCAGGAGUGAUGGGUUCUAAGUUGACCAGACAGAGAAGUCUUGAUUUUGAGAGCAAAUUGCCCAAAAGGAGACGCCAGAGGAGCGAUGCUGUUCCUGGAGACAGCGAGAGAAGUGGCGGCGGAGACUUCUUGUUUACCUCCCUGAUGCUCAAGUCCGACAAGCUUCCAGGGAUGCUGCGGAAAACCAACCACAGCCCAUAUGUGAGGCGGGUGGCGUGGGUCCGGGAGAUCCAAAGGCUUCUCCGGGAGCAGAGGAUGGAGCAAGCAGCCGAAGUGCUCAGACUGCUGAGAAAGGAUUUGGGACUUCAGGGAACGUCGCUCAAUGACAUUUUGUACAAGAACGCAGCUUUUCUCAACCUGGUGGACCCCAUUUCUCAUGAGCUGCUCAUCAGCCUCGCUCGAGACCUGCAGUGCCCAAAAAGGGAGACCGAUUCGCUCAAGUCCACCAACAAGAUCUGCCGCCAGCUGAUUUACCACCUGACCCCUCACUCCAAGUGGACGAGACAGAGCGUGCCCAGGAGGAAGUCUCAGGCCUGUCUGAAGACCACAUUGAAGAAGAAGCUGUCAGGCGACGUGGUCAACCUGUCCGGAAUCCCGCUGUCGGGCCGGGACGUCCACCGUGUGGCCUUCUACCUUCAGAGCAGCAGCGACGUGGUGUCAGCUGUGGACCUGAGCUUCACCGAGUUGCAGGACGAGAGCUUACGGCUGCUGCUGCCCUACCUCAGCCUCCUGCCAAAACUCACCAUACUAGCCAUCAACGGCAACCGUCUGACAUUGGCCAUCUUGAAAGACCUGACGGAUGCAGUGAAGGAUCCCAAGAAGUUCCCCUGCCUGGCCUGGAUCGACCUGGGCAACAACGUCGACAUCUUCACCGUCCCGCAGCCACUGCUGGUGGCACUGAGGCGCCGUUUCGGUUUACGCAGCAGCCUCCCGACCAUCUAUGAAUACAAUGAGGCUCAGGCGUUCAGCAGCUACAACCCAAACAUGGAGACUUCGGUGGAGGAGCCCAGCCUGUACGAAGAGGGUGAUAUAGAGGAAGAUGAUCGAGAGGAGGAGGAGGAGGACAGACUGGAGCUCCGGGCCUGGGGCUUUGGAGAAGAAAACGUGCCGAAAAAUGUGCCGCUGCACUUCUGUGGGAGGUGAUCGCCCGGAGCUGCUUCCUUUUAAAACUGGCAGGAUCCUUCGGUAUCACCUCGCCCCAGGUCUAGCCUCCUGCGUUAGCCGGUGUCGGUGUGACAGAAGAUGCUCACAGUGACCCGCACAUGUCUGAAAAUAACUCUAAACUAAAUAACCGUGUUGUGUGUCCCUCUGGAUGCUCCGGCUGCUGAAACUCAGUCAGUAAGAAUAUACAUGUGGACAGAUUUAACCUUCAUUCGUCCAGGUGGAGUUUGAACCGAACAGGCUUGCUGUUUUUCCAGUGCUUUCUGAAGUCGUGUGCUUUUCCCACCUCCAAACCUCCCGUUAUCUGUCCACUGAAGCAGCUGGGGAUCAAGUGCCUUGCACCAGGGCACCUCGGCAGUAGCUGUUGAGGAAGAGGAGGAGCAUUACUAAUUCACAUUCCCCAAGCACAUUUUGAUAUCUCCUGCUGCACCAUUCAUUCCUGUGAAACGCCCAAGUAACUAAAUAUCCUGCUCAAGAAAUAGAUGUUUUGUUUUGUUUUGUUUUUUUUUUGCUAUGACAAAUAUGUUUUUAGCCAGAGAUUAUGUUCAGAUGAAAUAUGCUUCCAGUUUUUCCAGCUGGGACACGGUAUUUAUUCAGGAAAUGUUUUAAAAAUAGUCAGUUAUAGUGAGCCAGUAAAUCACACUGAGCCCAUAUUCAUUUACGUUUUCGGCGAAUAUGCUUCGGUAAGUUGAUACACUGAAGCUGCAGCUGUACAGAGAACAGCCCUGGACGCACACACGCACACACACACACACACACACACACACACACACACACACACACACACACACACACACACACACACACACACACACACACACACACACACACACACACACACACACACACACACGGAGCGUCUGGGUGCGAGCCGCUGAUGAACUGAUUACUGCCUCUAUCAGGCCUCGUUAUGCCCCUUCAGUCACAGAUGGUGAGCAGAGGAUCUAUUUUUUCUCAGCAAAUAGGACUAGCCCCAGAUAAUUUCGUCCAAUGGUGGUCCGUGAGUGAUUCUAUUUAUGAGUCAGACUACAAGCAACAAGGAAGACGCCCAAUUUUUUUGAAGGUUGAAGAUCCGCAAUCGAACCGUUGCAAACAACUCUUGCUUUUUCCCUUUCCCCUCUGUGGUGCUGCAGCGUACACACACGUCUUUGUUGUGGCAUGAAUAAAUUACAGCAGUUUUGUUUUGUUUUGGCUAGUCCUUUUUUUUAAAUGUGUAGAUGUCAUCCUUUUUGUACUAACAAAAAAUGGACAUGACUGUUUAUUGUAGCGCCCCACAGACAGAGAGCAUGUUUACAUGUACGUUAAUUUUCCAAUAAAUUCUCUUUUAGGGGAUUAAAGAUAUAAAAAAAAUUGCCUGUGAAUACUCUGCAGCAGCCCACACUUUAUCCUGCCUACAGACAGUAAUGUGUUCUAUUCUCUUCCCAUGUAUUAUUCAGGAAAAUCUGUUUAUUUGUGUUUACAGAGAUAUUAAUGAACAGGAUGCUUGGUUGGCGUGUGUGUGUGUUUCUAUGAGAGGAUAAUUAGAGUGUGUGUCUGUGCGUCGUGGACAUGCAGAGUAAAUUACUACCUUUGAUCGUAGAAAUGAAAUGUUUACUCAUUUGCACUUUAAGGACGACUCCGUCCCCGAAUACACAAGCUUGGUUUUUAUUGUUUGCCGUUGACCUAAAAACAAGCUAUUGAGUCACCCACCUCCUCAGAUAAAUGUUGUAUCUCAGCUUUUUGGUUUGAUAGAAAAAUUACUGUUGUGAUAUAAUCAUUUGUAUAUUUACACAAUUUGGAUUUUUUUCUCAUGAAAUCAUGGCUCGUUUUUAAGGUGAAAGUGAUGCUUGACUGCCGUUGCUUCAAAAAUAAAUAUAAUUUGAAUAACA